AUGACUAUGUUUGAAAAUGUCACCCGGGCCCUGGCCAGACAGCUGAACCCUCGGGGGGACCUGACACCCCUUGACAGCCUCAUCGACUUCAAACGCUUCCACCCCUUCUGCCUGGUGCUGAGGAAGAGGAAGAGCACACUCUUUUGGGGGGCCCGAUACGUCCGCACUGACUAUACCCUCCUGGACGUGCUGCAGCCUGGCAGUGCCCCUUCAGAUCCAACAGACUCUGGAAACUUUGGCUUUAAGAACAUGCUAGAUGCCCGAGUGGAGGGAGAGGUGGAUGUGCCAAAGACGGUGAAGGUGACAGGGACGGCGGGGCUGUCACGGAACAGCACCCUGGAGGUGCAAACGCUCAGUGUGGCGCCCAAGGCCCUGGGAGCCUUACAUGAGGAGAGGAAGCUGGCAGCAGACCACCCAUUCCUGAAGGAGAUGCGAGACCGGGGAGAGAACCUGUACGUGGUGAUGGAGGUGGUGGAGACGGUGCAGGAGGUCACGCUGGAGAGAGCCGGCAAGGCAGAGGGCUGUUUCUCCCUCCCCUUCUUCGCCCCACUGGGGCUCCAGGGAUCUGUGAACCACAAGGAGGCUGUCACCAUACCCAAAGGCUGUGUCCUAGCCUUCCGAGUGCGACAGCUGAUGGUCAACGGCAGAGAUGAGUGGGACAUUCCACACAUCUGCAACGAUAGCAUGCAGACCUUCCCUCCCGGGGGUAAGCCAUGUGGAGACAGGAAGUUCACACUUAUCCAGGCAUCUGAUGUUGGAGAGGCACACGAGGACUUCAAAACCCUCAAAGAAGAGGUUCAAAGAGAGACCCAUGAAGUGGAGAAGCUGAGCCGAGAAGGACAAAGCUCCCUGCUCAGCUCCCUCAGCAAACUUCUAGGGAAGAAAAAGGAGCUGCAAGACCUGGAGCUCAUGCUUGAAGGGGCUCUAGACAAAGGACACGAAGUGACCCUAGAGGCACUCCCGAAAGAUGUCUUACUGUCCAAGGAGGCUAUGGGUGCCGUCCUCUAUUUCCUUGGGGCCCUAACAGUGCUAAGUGAAGCCCAACAGAAACUGCUGGUGAAAUCUAUGGAGAAAAAGAUCCUACCGGUGCAGCUGAAGCUGGUGGAGAGUGCAAUGGAGCAAAACUUCCUGCAGGAUAAAGAGGGUGUCUUCCCCUUGCGGCCCGAGUUGCUGGCCUCCCUCGGGGAAGAGGAACUGACCCUCACCGAAGCCCUGGUGGGGCUGAGUGGCCUGGAAGUGCAGAGGUCGGGCCCCCAGUACAUGUGGGAUCCGGACACCCUCCCCCACCUCUGUGCCCUGUAUGCUGGCCUCUCCCUUCUGCAGCUGCUGACCAAGGCCUCCUAA